AUGGAAAAAUCUAAAAACUUUCGCAUCGAUGCGCUUCUGGCUGUGGACCCACCAAAAGUGCAGACCUCGCCGCUCGCACUGGUUACCUCGCUGUCGUCCUCUUCCAUAUCGUCGUCCGGAAGUGUCCCAGCGUCGGAACUGAACACAAGCACCGAAUCACUACGGACAGAGACCCCAUCUCCACCCAGGAUAUCGUCGUGCGGCUUGAUUCCCAAACCGGGAUUCUUGAAUUCCCCACACUCUGCGAUAGUGGGAUUACAUCCACAGAGCAGCGCCGGCCUUCCCCCGCAGGCUCUCUACGGGCAUCCGAUGUACACUUACUCUGCGGCCGCGCUGGGUCAGCAUCCUGCCUUAUCAUACUCCUAUCCACACGGCUCCCACCACCAUCACGCCAGCGACCCCCUCAAACUCACCGCCAGCACCUUUCAACUCGACCACUGGCUACGAGUUUCCACAGCUGGCAUGAUGCUUCCCAAAAUGCCCGAUUUUAACACCCAAGCGCAGUCUAAUUUACUCGGGAAAUGCAGAAGGCCGAGGACCGCGUUCACAAGCCAACAGCUCUUGGAACUGGAGCAUCAGUUUAAGCUGAAUAAGUAUCUAUCACGACCCAAACGCUUCGAAGUGGCCACCUCCUUGAUGCUGACCGAAACGCAGGUGAAAAUAUGGUUUCAGAACAGACGUAUGAAAUGGAAGCGCAGUAAGAAGGCUAAAGAGCAAGCAGCCCAGGAGGCCGAGAAACAGAAAGGUACCAAAAAUCAGGACAAAUCAGACGAACUCGAUCAAACGGAUUAUCAAAAGGUAGAGUCGGUCAAAAGCAACAGAAUACGGGACUUCAGGGAUAGCGACGAAGAAGAAGGGGAUCAUUUCAUGUACAAUUCGUCCGAUUGUUCCUCAGAAGACGAACGAACCCACACCAGCGACAUCAGUCCGCAACCCUGA